UUGUUAAAACUACGUUAAUGUGAAUGAAGCUUUGAGAAAAUCGCAAAUAUGAACACUUUAUAAAACAUAUAAAAACAUUUAUACAUCUACGCGACAAACUUUAAUAGUAUCUAUUCAGUAACGCAAUGGUUUUGCCAAAGAUUAUAUUGCACGUCGCUUUGUGCGAGGAUUCGUGUUGUUGUAUGUCUAAUAAAUAAAGUCAAAGUGGAUUGUAAUGUGUGCAUGAAUAAAGCUAUGAGAAGGCAUUGGCAAAGAAUAUGAAAGUGAUUUUAAAAAGAAAAAACCUAAAGAAACGCAACGCAAUUGUCUUUGCCUAAAACAUAUUGUAUUGAUGUAACGUUAUUUGCGUAGAGCUUCCACAAUACUUAUCUCACGUCAAUAAAAUAGUAAUGUCUGGUUACAGGAGUAACGUUACACUGCCAUAAAUAAAAUAAAAACAGACGAGACAGUGUUGUUAAUCUGAAAACGCAUAAGGAUAUAAACGGCAACAGCUAUAUGCUAAAAUAAUGUGAAAUGUCCAGUGUGUGGCACUCGCGAUACUCCAUGUUGUAAAAUCCCGCGUGAAGAACUACAGCUUCCGGAAAUGUAAAUUACGCUCAGUGAUAUCUGUUAAUUGAUCAUACUUUAACGGGUAACGUUACUGUUGCUUAAAGUAAGGCCUGUUUCUUUCUUUUAAAACAAUGCCUGUCUGCUCAGCUUAUAAGUGCAAGAAACGGUCAGAUAGGGAGUAUAAAGAAGCAUACAAAAGGGGCGAGUUUUCUUUUCACAAGUUUCCAUUAGCAGACGGCUUGAGAGUGAGAGAAUGGCUUCGGCGGAUGAGAUGGAAGAACUGGUGGCCCACUGGGAACUCGGUGCUGUGCUCGGAUCAUUUCGAGAAGGAUUGCUUCGAGCAAGUGGGAAAUCAUAAACGGUUGCGUCGCAACGCAGUCCCAACUAUCUUUAAUUUCCCCAAACACCUCCAGUGGAAGGUGCCAGUUGUCAAAAGACGAUCCGUGAAUCGUAAAACAGUAGUGCCUAUCAUACCAGAAUCAACGCCCAAGCCAGUAACCCCACGCCUUGAGGGGAAGUUUGUUCGUGUGGCUCAGCAGGACUCUGAUGGUUCCAGUUGUGGCCCUCUUCAUGCUGGUAGCUUUCAUGAUGACUACUGUAAACCGCAGAGCAUACAGUGGAUGAAGCUGGCAGAGGGUGAUGAUGAGGGUGUUGACACCAGUGAUUCUGGAAAUGAUGUCACUUGUGAUCCUUCAUCUUUAAAAACAACUAAAAAUUCAAACAAAGUUCAAAAUUCCAAGUUUAUAAGGGUGACGGAGAGAUGGCAAUGGCUGAGUAUAGAUGUAACCGGGCCAUUUCCAGACAGCAAAGGCCCCUAUAGCCACAUAGUGGUCAUCUGUGAUUAUUACACCAAAUGGAUUGAAAUAUUUCCAUCAGAAAAGCCUAACUCUGAUGCCAUAGCCCUGUUUUUGUGUGAUGCCAUUUCCCGAUAUGGCUACCCGUUGGGAUUUCUCACACCGUGGGGGGCCAGAGGAGUUCAGGUCAGAACGGUUAACAGAGCACUUAGUAUUAUUUUGAAGAUGGAGAUUUCCCUUGCCUUUCACCAUUAUCAGGCCUCACAACUUGAACCAUACACCCAAUACCACAUUGUCAAAAUGGUGGAAAAUCUAGUAAAGAAGUAUCCAGACAAUUGGCAUGUACAUUUACCAGUCGGCGUGCUGCGUUUCAACUGCAGUGUUCACCCAGACACCAACUACCGCCCUCUGUUCCUCCAUCGCUGCGAUGGAAGUAAAGCCUCUACUUCACCUAGAGAUCAGCCACUCAGUGAAGACAAUCUUGCAAAGUGCACAUUCAAAAUUGAGAAACCAAACCCUUUAAAAGAGGUCGAGGCACUGAAACGAAUAUUCAGAGAAUCAGCUGACUGCAUAGUUGUAUCAUGAAAGUGUGAAACUGUGUGCCUGAUUUCUGUUAUUGGUUUGUGACUUCAAACUGGAGGUCCAGCGAGAAAGAAGCUCAGAACAGACGGGAAAAAAUGACCAGAAAGUCUAAAGGAGGAACCCAGACUGAUGUAUUAUUUAUUUGUGACUUUCAUAUUGAAACGUUAUGUAUCAUAUUGCACAGAUGCCAUUAAAGGUAUUUAGAAAAAAAAGUUUACAAGCAAGAUUAGAAAAAGACAUGAUUUAGUGGUUUGUAGUCAACCCACACUGUCAGAUUAAGGCAUAUUAAAAAUUAUCCACAGCAAUGUUGUUCAAAUAAAU